CGAAGAGCUCUGCCAUUCUUCCUCGCUUUCUAACCCACAUUCACUAUGAUACGGGCAUUCAGUGAGCCUUCCAGAAGGUCAACGUUGUGAUUCUUGGAUUUUGGAUCGGAGAAUUGCUUCGUUCGAGCGCGGAGCGUCUUUGACGAUUGGUCACCAAGGGUUUCAGAAUAAGAUGGUGUUGGAACACUGAGGUCAUACAGCAUGAAGUUCAAGACAUUAUUCAGACGGAAUAAACCAGCCUCGCCGGUACCAGCUACUUCGGCGACAGCUCCGAACACGGCCGCCGACAAUAAGGCAGCUCCCGAAACAAGAGGUGCUUGUGCGACCCAAACGUCUUGCGGUGAGGCAGGUCGCAAAGUGCCGAUUUCCCUCUCAGCCACGACGGCAAGUUUAUCGGCGCGGAUCUGGAAUGAUGCGUACGAAGGGAUUCAAUCGACCUAUCCCGAGUUGGUAGCGGAAUAUGAAAUAGUUCUUUCCACUAUCCUCGGAGGGCCUGGCUUCAGCGCAGUGACGCAUGGCGGGCAUGGACCCAUCUCAAACGACCGAGAAGAACGAGCAGACCAGAUGCGCCAGCUUGUUCAGAAGGGCCUGGAGCGAAGUCGCGCACAGAUGGACAUUGCAGAGAAUGUUAGCGAAGGGAUUCGGGCCAUCUUUGCUGUGAGAGGAACCAUCGAUACAGCAGUGCAGGCAUGCCCUCAAGCCGCUGUCGCUUGGGCAGGGAUCUGCUUUGCCCUAGAGCUGUUCACCAACCCGGGCGAACAGGCGCAAUCUAACCGAAACGGGAUCGCUUAUGUGCUGUUCAAUCUGGAAUGGUACUGGCAACUUUCAGAACUAUUACUUGAUGAGAAUAUACGUCCGAGUCAGAGGGGUCUCCGUACUGAGCUUGAAAAGCUCAUGAUAGAGCUUUACAAACUUCUUUUGUUGUUUCAAAUGCGAAGUGCGCAUAGGUACUAUCAUCCGCGUUCAACUUUUGUACGGGAUCUCGUCAAGUGGGACGACUGGGAUAGCAAGCUCGCGGAAAUCAAAUCGGCCGAACGCGAUCUCCAGCAAAAGUCGGACGCCUACAAUUCCGAGAGCAUCAAGAUGCGGCUGACAGACAUCGCUACGCAUGGUCGCCAACAAGCUGAAGACCUCUCACACAUUCGCAGCCUAGUCUCCAACCAAGCUACGCAGCAAUUGAACGAACAAGACAGGCAGUGCCGAUUUGAACUGUUUGGUGGUAUAGGCGACGGCGCAAGAGACCGCAUCACGUCACAACAGGGACAUCCUCUUCAGAACGUCUGCGACUGGAUCUUCACCAACAAUGUCUAUCAACAGUGGGCCGAGAAAGAUGGACCACGAUUACUCUGGAUUUAUGGUGAUCCUGGUCAAGGCAAGACCAUGCUGCUAUGCAGUAUCAUAGAUCAGAUGGAGAUGCAGAGCUCGAACAAGGCUCCACCAGCGUAUUUCUUCUGUCAAGCUUCAGAUGUGGAAACUUCUAAAAAGGCGGCAGUUCUACUAGGCUUAAUUGCUUUGAUGACAGAGAAGCAGCCGCUCCUUAUGCGUCAUGUACGUGAGGUUUAUGAUAAAUUCGGUCCAAAAAACUUUCAAGGGUCAAGCGCAUGGCAGCCAGCAACAAAAAUCUUCACUCGAAUUCUUGACGACCCAUCACUGCAGUGUGAUACCAUCUUUAUCGAUGCUCUCGACGAAUGUGUUGAUAAACGGGAUCGCGCUGACCUUAUUCGUUUCAUUAUUGAUCAGUCUUCACGGGUGAAGCGUGUCAAAUGGCUUGUUUCCAGCCGCAAGUGGCCGGAGAUCGAGAAAUUGAUGAAGGGAUCGCAACAGCUUAUCCGCCUUCACCUCAAUCCGACAAACGCCUCCAUAGUAUAUGCGCUUGACCUUUACAUUGAUCAGAAGGUUAAAGAGUUGUCUGAGUUGCAUGAGUACGAUGCAGAAACGGCGAAGGUGAUUAAAGAUCAACUGCGACAGCGCGCCAACGGCACAUUUCUCUGGGUCGCUAUAGCAUGCCAGCAAUUGGGCGACGUGGCAAGCUGGGAGGCUCUGGAAACUCUCCAUAAUAUUCCACAAGAUCUGGAAGACGUGUAUCAAAAAAUGCUGAAACAGAUUGAUGCUGCCCACAUCAAGGUGAGCCGGGCGAUCCUUGCUCAUGCCUUACUUGCACAGCGACCUCUUCAUCAAGAAGAAUUGAGAGCUUUAGUGGAAGAACUGGACUCGGUUCCUCUGCAUGGCUUACAAGAGGUCGUAGCGAGAUGCCGAUCUUUUCUGACGAUUCGCAGUAAUGUUCUAUGCUGGGUCCAUCAAUCUGCAAGGGAGUAUCUGCAAAGCCAUGGCAUGAGAUCGAACAUCUUCCCGGAUGGUGAUAUGACGAUCGUCCACUGUGCGAUUGUCUCACGAUCAUUCGACCUCAUGAAUCGAGCGCUUCACCGUGAUAUGUAUGAUGUGGCCGAAGCCAAUACUCUCAUAACCUCGAUCAAGAUUCCUUAUCCAGAUCCGUUGCUUCCUCAUGCAUACUCAUGUGUUUACUGGGCACACCACCUUCAACAGUGCAAAUCAAGGUUUCUGGCACAUAGCGAAUCUCACCUAUGUCUAAAGAUCGAAAAGUUCAUGACCACAAAGUUCCUCUAUUGGGUAGAAGCUAUGUGUCUACUUCACAGUAUCCCGCAAUGUAUCAUUGCGAUUGGAGAUCUACGGGUGUUGGUUCAGGAAUCUGCAGCGUGGCCCUUGCUUGACUUUGUUCAAGAUGCACACAGGUUUCUUCGGUAUCAUGCGGACUGUGUUCGUACUGCACCCCUGCAAAUAUAUUUGUCGGCCUUGUUGUUUAGCCCAGCAAAUUCGCAUAUCAGGAAAACAUUCCAGCAUGAGGAGCCAAAUUGGCCGCUAAAGCCGGUCACUGCGAGCAAUUGGGAUGCAUGUCUCCAGACUCUGGAGGGACAUGGCGACGGGGUCUCUGCAGUAGUUUUCUCGCCGCAGGGUUCUAUCAUUGCUUCGGGGUCACUGGACUGGACCGUCCGCUUAUGGGACGCAGCAAGUGGACAAGAGCUGCGGCAGCUGUAUGGCCACCAAAGUUGGGUCACAGACAUCGCUUUCUCUUCGGAUGGAUCAAUACUUGCAUCUGCAUCCCGCGAUUGGACGAUUCGGCUAUGGACUCCAUCGAACGGCCGAGAACUCCGGAAGUUGGAAGGACAUAGCUCUGGCGUUACUUCUAUUGCCUUUUGUCCGGAUGGAUCGAUGCUUGCAUCGGCAUCUCAAGAUCAGACGAUUCGUUUAUGGGACAUAGCUACUGGCUUGGAGAUUCGUAAGAUACAUGGUCACAACAGCUGGGUAAGUGCAGUCGCCUUCUCCCCUGACGGGUUGACGAUUGCGUCUGCCUCAGACGAUAAAUCCGUACGACUGUGGGAUAAAGUCACUGGUCUGGAGGUGAGGCGACUGGAGGGCCAUGAUGCCAGCGUAUCGACAGUUGAUUUCUCGCCUGACGGUUCAAUGCUGGUUUCCGCAUCUACAGAUCAGACGGUUAGGCAGUGGAAUGUUCUGAGUGGCCAGGAAGUGCGGAUACUCUCAGGUCACAGCGCCUGGGUCACCGAAGCAGUCUAUUUCUCAGAUGGUCUAACUAUUGCGUCAUCAUCGGUUGACCAGACGGUGCGACUGUGGAAUGCAGAGACUGGUCAUCAGAUAAAAAUACUUGAGGGUCAUCAAUCUUGGGUUUCAGCACUCGCGUGCUCUCCAGAUGGACUAGUGAUCGCCACAGCGUCCGCAGAUUCAGUAAUUCGACUAUGGGAUUCAUGCGGACAACAGGAAAUGAAGGAAGAGCAAAGGCAGCGCAGUCCAGUGGGGACGAUUAUCUGCUCGCCUGAUGAAUCGCUCGUAGCGACCGCGUCGUACGACCAAAUCGUACUAUGGGAUGUCUCGACAGGCCAAGAGACGCAGAAGAUUGAGCAUGAUUAUGGUGUUCACGCUCUCGCCUUCUCCCCGACUGGAUCGAUUAUUGCAUCUGCGUGCGGAGACUACACGGUCCGACUGUGGUCGUGCUCAACAGGUGAACUGAUGCAGCGUAUCGCAAUGGAGACCCUGGUUCCAAGCAUAGCCUUUUCCGAAGACGGACGUAUCCUUGAGACCGAAUCAGGGAGCUUUACUGUCGAGUAUGAGCUCCCGUUGCCCCAGAUCAAGCAGUCGCAUUUCUCGCCGAGCCACGGCUUCAGCGUGUCGCAUCAAUGGGUAAGACAUCAGGGCAAGAAUCUACUCUGGCUACCGGUCGACUAUCGUGCAAGUUGUUGGGCAUCCUGUGGCAAAGUCCUAGCUAUUGGGCGGGACUCGGGUCUUAUAGCAAUACUCGAGCCCACCGAACGUUGAUCAUUAGCGGAACGCGGGCUUCGCUCAGAUAGCCCAAAGGCCGCAAGACCCAUAUUGGAAUCGCUUGGCACCAAACAGUGGAUUGACGCGGCAGGACUGUGAAAUGACCAGCUGAGACCAUGGAUCAGAGGACCUUGACCUCGAGAGCUGCGCUGCUUGCCAAGGGGGCAAGCUAUCUUACAGUGGACGCUUCGAAGGCAAUGUAAACCAAGUAAGAACGGCCUCGAGAUUGAGCCCAGUGGUUCGGGCAGCGACAGGCACUCGUGGUUGAUUUCUUCAUGUGUAUAAAAAUACUAGGUAUAUGUCAGAAUUACUUUAGGGGCCUGUGGUAGACCGGUUCUUUCAAGAAUGCUGCUCAUUCGAAACAAUGCCUUCGCAGCCAAUGGCCAGGAUGAGCAAAGCAACCAGACAAUGCAGAGGAUGGCAGGGUCCU